GACAAGGGGCUGAAACGCCAGGAUGAUGAUGGUGACGAGUACGACCGCAACAGUGACAAAGGAAUGCCUGUUGAUGACGGGUGUUACAACUGUGGCGGCACGUGGAGCGACACCAACCCGGGCCAGCCGUGGAGUGCUGGCAAGGAGAAGUGGUUCGACAGAGAGCCAAAGUGGCGGCCCAAGUUCCACAAGGCGGCGAGGAUCCGGUCCGGGGAGAUCGACCCCCCCAUCUUCGAGACGUCCAGCAAUGUGCUGGACUGGGAGAGCGUGGAAAUGGAGAUCACGCAGGAGUUGGGGCUCUUGUCGGAAAGUGAGUUCGAGUCCCUUGCGGGUUUCUCUGGAGCAGCGCUCAAGGCAGAGAUGGAGAAGGUGCCGAGCCACCUCGGCAUCGACAAAAGCUUUUUCAUCAUCACCUUGGAUGGCCUUCCCUGCACCACCACCAACGGAAUGAGGAAGCUUAAGUGCAAGUACAGAUUCGGCCUGACAAGGGAGGACAUGCUUUUGUCAGCGGCUCGACAACUUGUAGAAGGGCAAGGCAAAGCGGUUUUCAGCUACCACAGCGCGCAGCAGCUCCAGCAGAGACCCAAGGGACUUCAGGCCGAAGAGCAGUUCAAGAAUCUCAGCUCUUUGGAGAAGCUGAAAGAGAAAGUGCAGAAGGCCAUGGCCAAGAGCGGUGCAGGGCCAGUGAAGCCCAAGGGUGCGAGCAGUUCUGACGGUGAAGGUGACGAGGACGGUCCCAAAGAAAAGAAGUUGAGGGUUCAGCAGUCGGGGCGACUGCAGAGGCUUGUCCAGCCGAAGAGGAAAAGCAAGAGCCAGAAAGCCGAAGUGCCCGAAGUUGCCACGGUUGAGAAUGGUGCGGAGCAGGUGCCGAAGGCUUUGGAGAGCGUAGUCUCGGUGCGUGGGGCCACGCCCAAAUGCUUUCUGAACCUGCACAUUGAGCGCAUAUUGGCCGGUGAAAAACUAAUGCGCAGCGUCGAUGCUGUGCAGUACUCAGAACUCCAAUUGUGUCGUCAUGCACGCCUAAUGACUCAUUACUAA